GCGUUGAUCCGAGCAAAAAAGUCGAGUGAAAAAAGCAAUAAUUUUAAUCUUUGUGAUUUUGUUGGUUUUGUGCUGCUUCCUGCUUCCCGUCCUAUUUUCUUUGCAUCGUCGUCGGGGAGCGGAGGGGUUUCGCUCUGUCUCGCUUGCACUCACUGUGCUCAACGUUGUAUACCAUCGACAAGCGGAACGGGCCGAUACCUGAGUGAACAACAACACACGAGAAGAAGGCUAACAAACACCCCGCAAGUAACGAUACUUAUAGGAUAAAUGAGUCUUUGUAAAUAAACAAACACAUACGUGUGUUGCCCAAUGACUGCUUGUAUAUAUAGUGAUAAUGUGAGACUCAACAUUUAGAAAGGAAAGAAAUUUUAGGUCUGCCAAUUGCAACAGAACAACAAAUCCAAGAAAGCACUUAGGAUUCCGUCGUUUCCAUUCACUUCGAUUAAAUCUACUUUCUUUGCUAACUGCAACAGUUUAUCGUGCUACAUGCCAGUUUGUCGACGAAUGUCUCGUUUGCGGUAGAACUUUGUCGUAUAUCUCCCAUUCCCGGAAACGGUUGCUUAUGUACUAAUGAGACCUGCUUGAAGUGGUGCAGCGAGUACCUUGUAUCUGGGCGAUACUGUUGAUCCGCCGGACCAGCGGAGUUCAACCUCAAUAAAUGUCGCAAUACGUUCUGUAGUAGCCAUUUCAUCUUUGGCUGAAUAGAUUGACCUCUCCGAACAAAAAAUAGUGUGCAUUAGAUUGACACCAUGCUGUACGUUUUUCACGUCGAUACCGGGCGGAUGCUCAACUUUGAAAUGAGCAAAGCUUUGGAAAACGUGCGCUCAUUGAAGGAAACGAUAGAUCGGCACUACGGCAUCCAAUGGGACACUAUAGUUCUUCUGGUUAGUGGUGGUGAAAUGCUGCUCGACAACAAUCGCGUCUGUAAUUACACGGCCGGCACGGAUACCAAUCCGAUUUACAUGUUCAGCAACUGCACAACGGAGGACAAAAACCAACCUCCGAGGCCUAGCAUAGAGACUGACAACGACUUAAAGGCUCAGGUGGACAAAUGCCUGGAGCUGCCAGCCACCUAUGGCACGGUUGUGACAAGAGCCGCAUUAGCUCAAAAGAUCUACGAAAUGGCCAAAGAGGAGGCUAAAACAUGCAAAACAUUAGUCCAUGAGCAACACCUACAACAGCAGGGCUGGGCAGCCGUCGUUGCUAAUAUGGAAGACGUGGUGAACGAGUUUCAGGAAAGGGUCGCCGAUUUCUAUCGGCAGUACGAAGAGCAUCGACAGCGAUACAAGGAUCACGAAGGCAUCCUUUCCUCAUUCGAUAAAGAUCUAAAGCAGCUGUCGGAAAUCCCAAUUCUGGCCAGUUUAAUGGAUAAUGCGGAAUCGCGGCCCUCUGGGGAUUUCGAUGAAAUGUACGCCGAUGCCUGCAAUACUGUCAAUAGUACAUCAUCCGGUAGUGCCAAAAUAAGUGGCAACCAGUCAACAAGUGCCGAAAGCGGAUGCAUUGAUGAUCCAGAGGCUUGCUCAACCAAGGGAAGUGCCGCGGAAAAGCUGGAUCAGGCCGAUACUGUCGCGUCUUCUAAAGAGGUGACGUUAUCUGAAAGUGAAAAGAAAAUUGGAACUUCUUUGUUAGAUUGGAUUUCGGCCGACAAGGGCCAAAGUGCACUAAAGCGUAUGGCUACUGUAUGUCUCCGUGGGCUGGAGCUGUUUGAAAACACCGCCAUGCAAAAUCUAAAGGAUACCGUUGAUAGAUCUGUAGAACAGUCACACAGGGAAGACCUGAAAGAGAUUAAAGGUCUAGAGCAGCGGCUGUAUGAUUUGGAGCGCAAAAUGUUCGAAGCCAAUAAGCUGGUCCAAGAUCAGAAUGAGCUUGCACAAUCGUUCCAGCAGAAUCAAAACCGAGCGAGCACACUUGGAGAUACUUCGAUUCUACCGGACCUCUGCGCGUCACACCGGAGCCAACUGGUGGUAAUGCUGAACAAUCAAAAGAGCUUGCAUGAGAUUCGGCGACAGUGCACCCGAUCGAAAGAUGAGUUGGGCAGAAAUUUAUGUCUCCGGCUUAAGUAUUUCAUAAUACCCGUGGAGACUAAAGUGUCCGAAAUAGACAAUAAUUUGUUAUUCUAUCACACCUCUCUGAAACGUCUUCAGAAACAUUUGGAAAUAAUUGAGCAGAUUCACAUGGCGCCCAGCAUGUACGUUAUUGCAGUAACAGAAGUUGUCCGUCGAAGAAUGUUUUCCAAUUCUUUCCUACGAUGGGCUUCCGAUUUAGCCUGCCGCCUAAUGACAAUAUACAACGAAGAAGUCACGCGGCGGCAUGAGUUUGCAUCGCAGUUCGAGGGCCAUUUUCUAAGUACGCUUUUUCCCGGGAUGGACGACAUGCCACCAACCUACGCAACGCUGGCGCCCGCAACUUUCGAUUCUAGUCUACCAGCCUUGAAUAAGCAUGAUCUACAAGAGCUCUCCAGAUAUCUGCCCGAUCUGACCGAGAAGAUCCAACUACCGAAUAUAGAUUCUGUGAUAGAUUUUUUUUCAUCUAGAUCGGUAGAUCAAAGUAAGUGCAGCGGGCUGCAAGAGUUCCGAGCGGAAAUAAGUGCUUCGGGAAGAUCGGGCAAAGAUGAGAAAUCUACAGAUUCAAUAAACAAUGCACAACUGCAAACAAAAGAGGGCUGCGAGUCAGAAACUGACACCGAAGAGUUCGAAAAGGUGGGACAAAGCCCGAGUGAUCGGCGUAGAAAAUUACGUUCAAAGGUGGAAACGUGCAGCUUGGCCACAUCGACUGAACAAGUGCUGCAUAGCAGCGCAGGAACACUAACAGAGGAAAAUCUUGGCACUACGCGUCUGGAGGUUGAGAACCUUAAAUCUAUCCUGCGAAAUGUAUAUCAGCUUUCGCAGGCUUCGAUCUCAUUUUUGAGGCAGCAAUUGGCAACCCUUAAAUCGGAAAAUGUUGCCCGCCAAGCCGAUUUUCGCAGUAAACUUGAGGCAAUCAACAAGUGUUGGGCUGAUCUUCAGGAAGAAACCCGUAAUCGCGAACGGGAAACGAUACAACGGCUUACCGUGGAUCAUGAACUAGAGAUGAAUGACCUGCGAAAGAGCAUCCACCAGAAGGAUGAUGAGAUCCAAUCCCUACGGUCGGAUAACGCCAUGAUGAAGGCGAGCCACAUUGAAACGGUGUCCAAGUAUGAAAGUGAAAAGAAAGAACUAAACGAUAAAAUUGAUGAAAUAAAGCAGGUGGUUAGCAAACUCGAAAAGCAGUUAGCCGAUGUCGAUGUAGACAGAAAGAAGGCAAUUAAAGAGGCUGUGGAGCAACUGGAGCACAAGCAGAAAACGGAAAUAGAAUCGUUGCGAUGUAGAUACAAGCUAAUGACAAGUAUGGACAGAUCUCCAUCUGAUACAAGCUUGGAAAAAAUCGAAAAGCCAGAUAUGAUCGACAUUGCCUGUCACGAGCAAUUGCUGUCGCAGGCCAGAGAAGAUUUCAACCGCGAGAAGGAACGUGCAAUCAAAGCAGCAAUAGAAGUCGAACGACAACGAUGGGAGUCUGCACAGACACUAAGACCAAUGGCUAGUUCACCAGGAACGCCUUCAGGAAGUUCUGAAAUUUAUAGAAAAAUCCUAGAAGAAAAGGAACGGCAGUUGGAUGAACAGAGAGACAAGGAAAAAUAUUUAUUAAAAGAAAACCAAUGGUUUAAGGAGAAAAUUCAAACGUUGACGGACCCAGAGCUGUGCUCUAAUCAAACAAUGUUCAAAGAACGAAUCGAAGUUUUAGAGGAAGAAAAACAACAGUUGACUAACGAACUCGAGAAGUUACACAACAAAUCAACCAGCAGCGUGUCCAUCCAGAAUUGUGCUAAAGGUGAUCUUGUGAUGUUUGUCUAUAAUGCCACAUACGAUCAAUACACCAUUGUUCAGAAUGCCCCGGUGCUGUAUUUCCUCCAUGCUGAUAGUUAUGCGGCCUUUAACCUUUCGCAAUUAGUUUCGGGUGUAACGCCAAAAGUUAUCAAUUGCUUAGGCACAGUGACCGACAAGGAAUAUUGCCAUGCACGUAAAGACGAGAACCGAUAUAAGGUGUCUCGGGGCACGCGGUUUUAUAGGGUGAAAGUCAAACCAGUUCCAAGCAGUAGUGGAAGUGGAACAAGUACCAGUAGUAGUACAUCGAAGAGUGUGGAUCCAGAUAAAUACUCCCAGAAAAAAGAAAGAAGUAAAAUGUCUGAACUGAGUCGCUCUUCGUCAACGAUAACCGAUCAGAGCGUAACGGCUGGUACCCCGGGACUUCUGAUCGAUUCGUUCGCACAAACGGAACAGAUUAUCUCCCCUUUGAUGGAAGAUUCAGCGAUCAAGAGCAGCACUAGCCGGGAUAUGAUCGACUCUGGUGUAGUAGAGCAGCAGAAAAGCACCUACAAGGAACGAAACAUCAGCGUCACGGACGACGAGGAUCUGGUAUACAGUGCGAGCGGUAGUGUGGACGAAGCAGAUCAACAGCAGCAGCUGCUCCGUUAUGAAAGUGUCUGUGAAGAAGAUCAGGACAGCUCAUCAGAACCGCCACAGCACGAUAGCAACAAUAGUAAUACAACGGCCGCCCAAUACACCAAUCAAUGCCCAACUAUUACCGAGGCAUCCGACGAAGUGGAUGGUUUUUUGCUGAAUACCAGCACCGGGAGUAUCGUAGUAGAUAUCCCCAUCACCGCGGCCGGUACCCUCGGAUCGACAGAAGGCAUCAAUGCAGCGAUGGCCAUGCUAACGGUAGCUUCUGGCAGUGAUCCCUUGUCGGACGAUGUGAGCGACUCGGCUGAUUCGGAGUAUCGUUCGCUGGAGACCAAGGACGACGAUAGUGAUCUGCUCAACUAAUGCACUGACAAUGUGUUCUAUGUGUAUGCGCUUUACCAGAGGAAGGGUCAAUUUUACAAAGGAUUAGUUUGUGCGAGUUCAAGUUUAUUUUAUGCCUUACUUUCAAUACAUUGAACUACAUCAUAAUUGUGCUUGUUGAUAAUCAUAUGAAGCGUUCUAGUACUAAUUAAUACAUGACGGUGAAUAACUCCGAUUCGACUGGAAAAUGAAUAUUAUGAAAUAUUAUCUUUAGUUACAAUUUUAAUUUAUUGUGUAAUCGAUUCAUAACCAGUACUAUCGAAAUGAUUAAAACUUCAUUAUAUAGUUACAAUUAAAAAAAA